AUGUCCUAUUCUGCAGCUUUGAACCCAUCCUCUAUAAGUCACCACGCAAUUGUUCCAUUGACUGGGACAAACUUCAAGAAGUGGAAAGAGGAUGUGGAUAUAGUGCUGGGAAUUAUGGAUAUGGAUUUGGCUCUUAGAGAAGAUGAACCAGCAAGACCAGCAGAUGGAGCAAGUGCUACUCAGAGAUCGAAGUAUGAAAAAUGGAAAAAGGCAAAUAGGGUUGCACUGAUGAUCAUCAAGAGAUCUAUGACUGAUGCUGUUCGAGGAGGUGUUCCUGAUCUCAAGGAUGCAAAAGCUUAUUUGGCUGCAGUGGAAGAGAGGUUCCAACGAUCUGAGAAAGCAGAAACUGGUGUGCUUAUGUGUGAACUGACAACAAUGAGGUAUGAUGGAGCUGGAAGUGUCAGGGAGUACAUUCUGAAAUUAAUUGAUAUCUCCAGCAAACUGAAGGAACUAGAGGUAUCUCUGUCUGAUGCUUUUCUUGUGCAUACCACUCUUAACUCAUUGCCUGCUGAAUUCACUACACUGAAAUCAAGUUACAAUGCUCAAAGAGAGAAAUGGAAUUUGAAUGAACUCAUAGCAAUAUGUGUUCAAGAAGAAGAUAGGAUCAGAAGGGAAAAAGUGGAUCUCACAGUUAACAUGAUAACUAAAAUCAACCCUCCAAAAUCCUACCCAAAUGAGUCUGCCAAAAAGGAGCUAGUCAAGAAUGUUCACUUCCCUAAAAAGACCAAUGACUUUAAGGCUAACAAAACAUCCAACUUUAAGUGUUUCUUCUGUAAAAGGCCAGGGCACAUGAAGAAAGCUUGUCAUAAAUACAAGCGAUGGUUAGAGAAACAAGAAGUUAAAGGGCUUUCUAAGAAAGAGAACUCCAAAUAG